AAUUCCCGUCCCGAGACCCACUAAAAUUUCAGGUCUUCGGCGGCGAUCAAUUGAUUGCCAUGUUCGGAAGAGAGCUCCCCACCAUCCAUCCGCCAUCCAACAUCAACGGCGGGAACCCACAACUUCCACACGGAACGUCGCUACGUCAUGUAGCGACCAGAAACAACAACUUACAAUGUCACCAACAACACCAACAACCCCAACCGCAGUCUCCCAGCCACUCCACCCAUUACUCACGAUACCAGCACCGACGACGACGCCCACAGCUACGCCCGCCACCCCACCACCGCCGUCUCCCUCGCCCUCAGCGCCGUCAUUCCUCGGCCUCGAUGCCCUCUUCACCAACCCCGUCUUUGCCGGCGGCAUCGGGCUAGCCGGCCUCGGCGCAGCCGCCGCCUUCGGCCGCCGCGCCCUCAUCUCCGGCGCCGGCCUCCUCCGCCGCCAGCUGCUCGUCAACAUCGAGAUCAGCAAGCGCGACCCGUCCUACAGCUGGGUGCUGGCCUGGCUGGCCCAGCCGCGCGACAACCGCGGCUUCCUCGCCCAGCGCCUGACCCGCCUGCGCAACCUCUCCGUCACCACCAGCACCAAGUCGCUGAGCCCGCGCGGGAUGGCGGAGGAUGGCGGCGGUGGCGGCGGCGGCGCGGCGGGGGGCCGGAUCCACGCCGACUUCCGCGUGCAGCCCGGGUUCGGGCGGCACAUGGUGCGGCACGCGCCGGGGGUGUACAUCGCGGUGAACCGCGAGAAGGCCGGCACGGCGACGACGGCGACGGGCGAGCCGCACGAGACCCUGACCCUGACCCUGCUGUGGGUGCACCGCCACGUGCUGGCCGACGUGUUCACGCAGGCCCACGCCCUCGCCCAGAGCUUCCAGCAGGGCAAGACGGUCGUCUACACCGCCCGCAAGAUGGAGUGGGCCGUGCUGGGCAAGCCCCGCCUCAAGCGCCCCCUGGGCAGCGUGGUGCUGGAUGAGGGGGUGAAGGAGGGCUUGGUGGAUGACGUGAAGGAAUUUUUGAAGGCCCAGCAGUGGUAUACCGAUCGUGGCGUGCCGUACCGCAGGGGGUAUCUGCUGUAUGGCCCGCCGGGGACGGGCAAGACGUCGUUCAUCCAGGCGCUGGCGGGCGAGUUGGACUACAGCGUGGCCAUGAUCAACCUGAGCGAGAUGGGCAUGACGGACGACCUGCUGGCGCAGCUGCUGACACAGCUGCCCGAGAAGAGCAUCCUGCUGCUCGAGGACGUGGACGCGGCGCUGGCGAACCGCCGGGAGCGGGACCCGGACGGGUACAGCGGCCGCACGGUGACGGCGUCGGGCCUGCUCAACGCGCUCGACGGCCUGGCCGCGGGCGAGGACCGCAUCGCGUUCCUCACGACCAAUCACAUCGACAGGCUGGACCCGGCGCUGAUUCGGCCGGGCCGCGUCGACAUGAUGGUGCGCAUCGGCGAGGCCACGCGGUACCAGGCGGCUCAGAUGUGGGACCGCUACUACGGUGAUAUCGACACCGACCACGCAGGGCGGGAGCGGUUUUUGAAUCGGUUGGACGAGCUGGGCUUGUUCGGCGGCGACAGCCAGAACCCGGACGUGCCCAAGAGACACACCUCUACCGCUGCUAUCCAGGGUCUCUUCCAGUUCAAUAAGGGGGAUAUGGAGGGUGCGAUUAAAAUGGCCGAGGGCCUGAUCCCCCGGACGUUCGAGCCCGAACAGCCGUCCGCGGACGGGACAAUCAAGUCCCCGGCGUGAAACCAGGGGCUGCUUGUGUAAUAUGUAGGACUACGAUGUACUAUCUGAUAUAGAUCGGUGAUACCCCACCCCGGCACAACUGCCAAGUGAUGUCUCGGGUGCUCGGUUCGUGGCGUUCUCUAGCUGUGACGUUCGGCUAUCGGAGCCCGGGAAAAGCACAAGGAUAACAUUACAUUAGACAUGGUCAAGACUCAUCACGGCACCAAUAGAUAUUCUACC